AUGUCCGGUUACUACAACAACGACCAGUACAACCAGGGCUACGGCCAGCAGGGUGGUUACUCUCAGCAGCAGGGCUACGGCCAGCAGGGCUAUGGCCAGCAAGGCUACCCUCAGCAGGGUGGCUCCAACGAUUACUACAACCAGCAGUCUCAGCAGCCCCAGCAGCACUACGGCGGCGAGCAGCAGCAGGGCUACGGUCAGCAGAGUGGUGCCAAUGACUACUACAACCAGCAGUCUCAGCAGCCCCAGCAGCACUACGGUGGCGAGCAGCAGCAGCAGUACGGCCAGGACGCCUCCCGACAGGGUUACUACAACGAGCAGCAGUCUGCUCCCGGUGAGGCCCAGGACGGCGAGCGUGGUCUAGCCGGUGCCCUCGCCGGUGGUGCCGCUGGUGGUUUCGCUGGCCACAAGGCCAACCACGGCUUCCUCGGAACGAUCGGUGGAGCCAUUAUUGGCAGCAUUGCCGAGGAUGCUAUCAAGAAGCACCGCAAGCACGAUGAGGGUCCCCAGGGUCCCGGUGGCCCCUACGGUGGUCCCCCCGGCCCUCCUUCCCACAACGGUAGUGGUAUGAUGGACCAGCUCGGUGGCUACUUCAAGCGCUAA